AUGAAGAAUGACAUAGCUGAUGUAAACAAUACCCUGAAAAAAUUUAAUAUUGAAUUAGAAGAACCUGAAGAUCGAGUCAUCUUCAGCCUCCCCGUGAGCUGCUCCAAAGCUGGAAAAGUGCUCUGGUGCUGCGGCGUCCCCAGGGUGCGGACGGUGAGCUGCCCCACCUCUUGGCAGGAGAACCGAGGCAGCUUGGGGGGUCCAGGCCCUGGGAAUCUGCCACGGGAGGAAGGACUUUCUCUUAGACUUCCCGUUGUGGACACACAAGCUGGAAAGACCAUCAAAGAACUUAACACCGUCGCAGGCCAAGUGGACACAACCCACGAGACGUUCACCGAGGCCAGCCUGGUAGCCAAGUCCUCAGGUGCUGUGUCCUCCGUCCUGCAGCUCCCGGGUGUGGCCCUGGUACCUGUGACAGCAGGAGGGAGUCUGAUGCUCUCAGCAGCUGGCAGGGCCUGGGGUAGCAGCUGCGGCCACAACCUUCUGACAAAUGUCUUAGAAAACAGGAGAAUUUGGCCCUGGCUGAUGGCCCAGGCCCACCCCAGCUUCCCUGCGAGGCUCAGGAACGUCGUGGCCACAAGCCGGGUGCUCUUCUUGAAGGCCACAGGGGUCAGAGCCAGGGAGAGCCCCGUUCCGGCCAUGACCCGGGGUGCCCGGAGGAUGAGUGCAGCUGGGGCUGGCUUCUUACUCGCGCAAGACACGAAAAGCACCCUGCAGACCUGGAGGCUCCGGGAAGAGGGGGCGAGGAGGAUGGCCGAGGGACUGAGGACACUCGCCAAGGAGCGGGCAGAGCUGAACCAGCUGUCCCGGCGCUAUAGGCUGACCCUCAGAGGCAGGAGGAGCUCACCACUGAACCAGAAGACCUUUGGAAGCCUACAGCCCUUGAGACAACGGCAGGACCCAAAGCUGUUCCGUGUGGCCGUUUCCAGCCGGAGCACGUUAGUACCAGCUCCGGCUUCUCUACACAACGCAGACGCCGGGCGCUCACCAGGUCGCUGA